AGUAGCAAAGCCACCUGGCAAUUAGGCCGACUGGAACAAUGUGGAGGUCGUGGCCAUUGUCGAGCGCGACCAGCCAGCGCACUCACUAAUGAAACACAGUCCGCUUCGCCUUCGAAUCGGACGACUCAGUCUAUCGCGGUGCUAGAGUGCACAUUCAGGGUGUUCCCCGGAGUGUCUAUUGAAGAGAAAGAAACAGCUAUGGCUGCAGUAGCUGAUGUUCGCCAUGUAGAGUGGGAACCAGCAAUGAUUUUGAGGUUCGCACUUCUUCUUUCUUCACUGCCUUUGUGCUACGGGUUGUCCUGCUAUCACUGUGGAGUGUUUCUGAAUGCUCCAUCGCCACAAUGCCGUGGUGCACCGAAGAAUAUCUCCUGUGAUCCGGAUCACUAUGGAUGCCUCAAGAUCACUGCCGACCGA